AUGUGGGGACUUAGAAAUGUUGGAGAGAUUUUCAACGUUCAAGAAGUUUAUGAUGGUUACUCCAACAUAUUCUCUAUUGAACUUCAUCACGGAGGGAGUUUCACAAAGUUUCCAAAUAUCAGGUAUAUAAAUGGCCAAGUAAGGUACUUUGAUGUUGUCGACAUUGAUGAAUUUUCUGUUCAUGAACUAGACUUGAUGAUGAGAGAAUUAGGGUAUGAUGGUACUGAAAUCAUGUAUUACCAUUUCCGUUUGCCUAAUGAAGGAUUUAACUUUGGACUCCGAGCAUUAGGUAACGAUGAUGAUGUGCGUAAUCUCUCACGGUAUGUUACCCAUAAUAACAAAAUGAUUAAAGUGUACACAGAGCAUGGUCAAACAAACUUGCUUACAUAUUUUAUGUCCCCAACUGGUCCAAGAAGGGUUAUAAUAGAAGACUUGGAUAAUCAGGGUCCUCUUAGACCAUCAUCACCUGUAGUUGCUCAUGAAGUGGUAACUCCAAUCCAAAUUGAUGUUGGUGAGGGUGAUUUAGGGUUGGCAUUAACCUUAUACAAAUCAACAACACCUGAAUUUAGUAGGUCUAAAGGUUGGAAACAUAGUAAAGGGGUAUCGUCUACUAGUACAAAUCUUAACUUGGAUUGGGAAGGUGGUGAAAAACAAUGGCAAGUGGUGAAGUUGAUAAAGAUUGAUAUGAAUGAAGAACUUGACAUGAACAAAUCCAAUGGUGAGGGUGUAGAAGGAUUUGCAGAUGAGGGGUAUAUAGUUGUCAUGGAUAAUGAUCCUCAAGGAGUCAAUGAAUUUUCAACUAACAUCAACAUAGAUGAUGAGUUAAUGACAAACUUUCAACCUUUUGAAGGGUUUGAAGACCAAGAUAGCAUCCCAUUUAAUGGGUUUGAAGGCCAAGAUAAUAUCCCUUUCAAUGAUGAGUGGAGACAAGAGGAGCCUGAUGACAUUGAGUUUGAGAAUCAAAACAGUGAAGAUGAAGAUAGUGACUUUAUGAUUGAUGAGGACCACAUAAUUGAAGAUGUUGAGGUUGACAUGGAGGAUUUCAAUCUAAAUAUUGAUACAGAAGUAGAGUUCAAUGGAUGUCAAAGUUUGGGUGGUGUUCAAAUAAAUGAAGAUAGUGAUGAACAAGAGGAUUUGGAGGUAAUUGAUAAUGACGAGUGGGAUUCACUAAGUGAUGACUCAGGGGACAAUAGGAAAAGAAGAGAAAUGAUCAAAGAGCUGGGGAAACAAACCUUAUGUUCUGUUGGUGAGGUGCAUAAGGUAGCUUUUCAUAUUGGGCAGAAAUAUAAAACCAAGAAAGAUUUGAAAGAUAAAAUUGACCUGCAUGCUUUAGAGACACGGAGGAAUAUCUCAUUCACAAAAAACAACAAGAGUAGAUUAACAGCUAUUUGUGAUGGAAAUGUAGUUUCAAAUGCAAGUGGGGUAGGUGGACCUACCUCUGGGAAAAAGGUAAAGGGUAAAGAUGUAAACUCAGAUAAAGUUAAAUGCACAUGGUAA